GCGCUACAUCCCCUCCGUCCCGCGGUACCCUGGCGGGCAGCCGUGCUCGCCUUCACCGGGCAUGCAGGGGCUGCUGCGGCGGCUUCUCCCACCGCUUUACGCGGCGCGGCCGGCGGCGGCCAGCGCCUUCCUCGCCCAACGGGCUGUACCCGCGCUCCUGCGCCUCAUGGCGCUGCGGCCGGCGGCGGGAGCCGGAGAAGGAGAAGGCGGCGGCCUCUUGAGCGCAGGUGGCGAGACCCCGGAGCAGGGUGGGCUAGAAAAUGUACAGCAAAAGAAAAUCUUUGAAGAGAAUGAGAAAGAGACAAAACAGAUGGAAGAGCCACGUCCUGCUGAUUCAGUAGACUCUUUGAUGGCAGAAAUGCCAUUUGUCGACACAGAUAUUGAGGAUAAGUUUAUUAUGCACACAACCUCUGAAUUAAAUAUAAAAAAGAAAAGGAAGAGGACUACUGGGAAGGAAAUUGAGGAAGACACUGAGAGAAAGAAGAAAAAUAAAAAACAGUAUAAGCCAAAUUAUUUCAUUUCUCUUCCAAUUACUAAUCCAGAGAUUAAUAGGAGUAUUCAGGCUGUCCAAGAUGCAGUAAUACAAAAGGAUCAAAGAUUUUCCAAAGCAAUGGUUCAUGCUGGCUCAUUGCAUGUCACCAUGUUCGUGAUGCAUUUAUCCAAUGAAGAAGAAAUUAGCAUAGCAGUUGGCGCUCUUUCAGACAGCAAAGAUUUUAUAGAAGAUCUCCUGAAAGGAAAAACUGUGGAUUUGUCUUUUCAAGGGAUUCAUCACUUCAAAAAUGAAGUUGGAUUUGUGAAGUUGACAGAAAAUGAUCAUACAGCUAUACUUAGAGAAAUAGCAGAGACUAUGAAGAAGAUAUUUCAAGAAAAGGGCAUCUUGGCAGGAGAAGAAAGAGAUUUUAAACCACAUCUGACCUUCAUGAAGUUGUCAAAAUCCACACCACUACGUAAGCAGGUGAAAAAAAUUGACCCAAACCUGUAUGAAGAUUUUAAAAGCCAUUAUUUUGGAAAUGAAAUCCUGCACCGCUUAGAUCUUUGCUCCAUGUUGAAAAAAAAGCAACCAAAUGGUUACUACUACUGUGAGUCCUCUAUUGUUUUUGCAAAAUCAUGUGCCACCAAACCUACAACGUUAUAGCAGAAAUGGCGUGUGUGCAGUGCUAGCUAAAACUGCCCUUUAAAGAUCAGUGUAACUAUUGUCCUAGAAACUCAGGAGGCACAAUCCUGGAGCACAGGAGGAAGAAGCUGGGAGGAAGGGUAUAUUUUCAAAAGAAAAUAAUGCUCCAAAUGAGAAACGGGAGCCAAGGCUGCACUUGCAGAAAAGGCCUGGGGAGCUAUGGAGCUACAUCUUUGGGAACCCACGUGCUCUGAGAAUAGGAACCAGCUAGUUUUGGUGUUAAAACAGAAAACAAAGCGGCAAAGCCAGAAAGCAGGAGGGGGGACUGGUUAACAUGAUUAAGCAACUCUUAAGAUAGCAUGGGAUUACUUCAGUUGCGUCAUGUGAAAUGAGUACAAGAGAGAACAUUUUGCAUAUAUUUCAGGGAAAGCUUCCUGUCAGUGACAGAUUCUGGACUGAAGAGUCUCUACAUUUUGCAUUAUUGUGACCGACAUUUUCAGAUUAAUGCAGACAAAGAAAACAAGGCGAGCAAAGGUCCUUGCUCCAGUGAGGGGUUGUCCUUUAGAUGACACUGAUCUGUUAUUAUUUGUGGAAUUAUACACAGAGUGGAAAAUAUGUUAUCUUGAAAUGUAUUGUACUGAGGCAUACUGGCACCUUGGUCAGCAGCUGAUUAUCACUGUUUUAGUAAUGUUUCAUGCAUAUUACCUUUUGCCAUUCCUAAAAUGUGAGUGAUUCCAUAAGCUUAAAGUGUAGAAUUGGCAGAAGAGACUGGGAUUUAGGGGGAUUUGGACUAUAGGGUUUUCUGUGCUGUAGAAGCUAGCAUGGACAAAGGGCUAGGAAAUGAUUCUGCCCAAUGAAAGGAAAAUGGACUUGGUGUCACAAAUGUUUAAAAUUCGCAUACCUUCAAUUGAUAAACAUUUGAUUACAGACUAAGUCUUUGGGCCUUAAGUAGCUGCAAGUACACCGCACCAGUGAUAGAUUUGGCACUGCCAAACUUUUACAACAGUCAGUGCUUUUAGAGUUGUAAUCUGGAUGUUAGCAUAUGCAGCUGAAGUUGUCAGGCCCUUCACCCUGAAUGUAACUCUCAUGAACCUCAGAAACUGAUGUCCUAAGUUGGUAUAGAGAAAAUUUACUCCUUCUUAGGUAUCUCCUCUGGAUCCAAUCCCCAAAAUCCCCAAAAUCCCCAAAAUCCCCAAAUCCACUAUUAACUUUAUCUUUUCUGCUGAUGAUUUAAUCCCCUUGAAUGUCUGCCAGUCUCAGGUGAAUUUCAUCUGGGCACUUGCUGAGUUUCCUGUGAGUUAAAAUCCUCAGGCAUGGAUAAUUCACCUGCUCUUGCUAGAGAACUUGUAUCCUUUUGCUAAAAUGAGAAAUGUCUUAUGCCAUGGUCUAUUAUUGUGUUAUUCACUCUGUUUCACAUCCUAGCAAUAAUUUUUUAAAAGGCAUUUUAUCCAAUUUUCCACUUUAGCUCAAAGCACAAGGAUUGAACAAAAACAUAUUUGGUAUCAGGCAUGUUUUGUGCAGCACUUACUGUGGCUGAGGAGAAUGAGCAAAUGAGUAACAUUUUUUGCUGCCUGAAAAAUCCAUUAUAGCCUAAUGCCAUCCAUUAUAGCCUAAUGCAAUCAAAAAGAUUUUCUUUUCUUCCUUUCUGCUCUCAGCCCUUUGACUUUUCACAUACACAUCAUUAAUAGAAUGUGAAAAGAUUUUCCAGCACAAAUGAAAAGUUUAUUCUUCUAGUUCUGCAAAGUAGAACCUGUGACUAAGCUGAGUUCUAGUGAUUGAAUACCCGUUUCUUUUCGUAAUGAACUUUUCUUGGCCCCUGUGUCCAAACAUAGAAGUGGGAGAACUUUUCUAUGUGGAAAACAUAAAGGCAAAGGGAACUAUGGAAUCAAAUGCAUUGCUGUUUAGCAGGAGCAAGAAAAAAUACCUGCUUUUGAUUUCACAGUUGGUUCUGAAUGUGAUGAAGAGAAAUGUAAAAAUUGGUUUUGGCAUGAAUAGUCAACCUUUAUUAUUUUAAUAUGAGUUGAAGAAAGACAGAAAAAUAUUGAAGUAGGAGGGGAUAAAGAAACAAAGAUGAAACUACAUUUUAGAACUGUUAAGCCUGAUAGAACUAAAGGACCAAAAGACCAGCUGGCAUAAGUAAGCAGUUCUCCAUUGAUAUUAAUGGGACAGAAUUAGAAUUAUUAGGAAACUGAAGAGGAAGGGAUGGAAUUGCAUAUACUGUGUAGGAAGAGAUAAAAUUCUUGAGUGAAGAAAGGAAUGGUAAGAGAAUAGUCAGUUUUAAGGCAUGGUAAUGAGCAGUCCAUUAUGGUACAGAGUGUAAGUUGGUAAAAGUUGUGAGGAUUAGUUCAGGUUUUGGCAUAGCAGUUGUAUUUUUCUGGAUUGAUUUCAUUGAACUGCUGCUAGAAUAGGCUUUGACUCACAGAGUCUGAGAAGUAGAAAUAUGGGGGAAGAGAGGGAAGGGAGUUACUCUUUUGCUAAAGUACAGUGUAAGAGCUGUAGGAAAUUACUCUUAGGGAAGAAGUGUUGCUAUUACUUAAUAAUUUUUUGUGACAUUCAAAUUGACUGAAGGGUGUUCCCAAAACUAUUAACAAAUUUAGUCAGAUUCCGUAGGCUUGAUCUAUUAAAUGAAAGACAGCAACAGUACUACUCUUACAUUCAAAAAUACAUAGCCUCCUGUUUUGCCCAAGAAACUGAUGAAGUGGGUGCAGUUCCUUCAUGCAAGACCCUGAGGAAAAGGGGUUAGACCCAACUAUUUUGACAGCCUUAGAAUAUAGUUACACUACCAGUUCAAACCUAUGUAAGAUGCUCCUACUAAAAGAGGUGAUGCUAACCUUCCAUUAGAUUUAGGGUCUAAAUAAGUAUGAUUACAGUUACAUUACAAACACCUUGCAAAUGACAUUUUCCAUUAAAAAUUGCAUGGUAUUACAGUAUUUUAUGGAUGUGUGCAACACAGUUGGACAUCCUGUUGAAUUGCAAUUAUGCUUUCAUCUUAAUCCUUUCUGGACAAGAUUUCAUCCUCCUUUUGCAGUUCAAGUAGUAUGCAGCUGCCUUUCACAACUCAUGUUGCUGCAAUUGAAAUAAAUAAAUGAAAA